AUGAUGUCCUACAUUAAACAGCCCCAUUACGCAGUGAACGGGUUAACACUGUCCGGGCCGGGCAUGGACCUCCUCCACACCGCCGUGGGAUACCAAAAAAACUGUCCAGACUACACGCCCCGGAAGCAGCGGCGCGAGAGGACCACGUUUACCCGCGCGCAGCUGGAUGUGCUGGAGUCGCUGUUCGCUAAGACGCGCUACCCCGACAUCUUCAUGCGCGAGGAGGUGGCGCUAAAGAUCAACCUGCCCGAGUCCAGGGUCCAGGUCUGGUUUAAAAACCGUCGUGCUAAGUGUCGCCAGCAGCAGCAGCAGAGCAGCGGCCAGCCCAAACCCCGCCCUACCAAAAAGAAAUCAUCUCCCGCCCAAGAGACGACCUCUGACCCCGCUACGGCUAACUCUAACAUCAAUGCACCGUACAGCCCUGUAGCUCUACAACCACCGAUCCCACCGCCGGCCGUCACGCCGAGCUCGAGCGGGUCCAACGCCAACGCCAGCGUGUCCAUCUGGAGCCCCGCCUCCGUCUCGCCGUUGGCCGAUCCGCUCUGCGUGUCGAGUAAAACCGCUUACGCGAUGACGUACGCGCAGACGCCCGCCUACGCUCCGGCCUACGCCACCACCUCGUCUUACUUCAGCGGCCUCGACUGCAGCUCGUACCUGUCUCCCAUGCACGCGCCGCUCUCAGCCACCGGAGGGGGCGCUCUCAGCCCCAUCGGCUCCUCGUCCUCCAUGACUCUCGGGCAGUCUCAGGCCGCACAGGGUUACGGUGCCGCGUCCCUCGGUUUCAGCACCAUCGACUGUCUGGACUAUAAUAAAGACCCGAUGGCGUGGAAGCUUAACUUCGGAGCGGCCGACUGCCUGGACUACAAGGACCAGAAUUCCUGGAAGUUCCAGGUGUUAUAG